AGAGGCCGGCGCAAGAAGCUUCGUUCUACCUGCUGUUGAUCAGUUGUUCCGUGUGAGUUUAGCCGCAAUGAGGGUGAGACGCAAUCCGCUGCCCCGGCGGCUGGUUGACAUACUGUGCUACCUGGUGAUCGGCGUAUUCCUGCCCAUUGUUUUCAUAUUUGAGAUAGUCGUUGUGCUGCCGGCCAUACACGCGCCCGGCGGACUGCUGCACACUUUCACGUUUCUCAUGGCGAUGUUUCUGCUCUUCAAUAUAAAGGGCAACAUGUUAGCUUGCAUGAUGAUCGACACGAGCGUUGAUCGUGAGCGGGUCAAAGCACCGCCAGAAGGCGACGCAGCUCGUUUGGAGUGGCGGCAUUGCGCCAAGUGCGAUCGCUUAGCACCGCCCAGAUCGUGGCACUGCAAGGUGUGUGACGUGUGCAUACUGAAACGCGAUCACCACUGUCUCUUUACGGGCUGCUGCAUCGGGCACGAGAAUCAUCGCUACUUUAUGCUGUUCACAAUGUAUUUGUUCGUGGGCUCGGUCUAUGCCCUGGCCUACAACUCGGUGUUCAUGUGGAUACUCAAUGCAGACGUCUACUGCAACUGGCUGACUGCUCUGAAGGUAGCCUGUCCACUGUUCAUGCUGGUCAUUGGCAGCUUCUGGACCAAUUUGCAGCUGCUCUUCUAUAGUCUGAACAUCUUGGCUCUGCUGUAUUCAGUUGUGAUCUUGGCGUAUCAUGUGCCCAUAGUGCUGCGCGGCGAGGUCUGCGCGGAGAGCGGAAAGCAGCACAAAUACAAUAAUGGACUCUACUUGAACCUGAGAAGUGUUUUUGGCCAACGCAUGCAUAUCGCCUGGCUAUCUCCAUUGAUAGCGAGCCAGCUACCCCAUGAUGGCUACACUUGGCAGGCGAACUCAGCGGAUGACAAGAAAACAAGUUAGAUAUAUUUUCUGAGAGUCGUGGAUCUGGCGAACUAAGUCCAGCAUUAACUUAGUUACUUCAUUGACAGAGUAUUAUAUGUCAUCAUAGACAACUGAAUGCUGUCAAGCUCUAAGAUAUAAAAACUAGUAAUUACCUGGCUUAAAUUUAAGUAUAUUAUA